GAGAUUCCGUCUCGUCGCAAGCCUCAUCACGGCAGCUGAAAACAUGACGUCGCACUGGGAGGACUUCUAUGCCACCCAUUUACCACCGAACUGUUUCGAGGAUAACCGAUCCCUGCUGAAGGAAUUCUGCGACCGCCACUACAAACUGAAGAGUAACAUCGUGCUUGUUACGUCCGGUGGUACUACUGUUCCGCUGGAACAUAACACAGUUCGAUUCGUCGAUAAUUUCAGUGCCGGCAAUCGAGGGUCAGCGUCUGCGGAAUAUUUUCUCGAACAUGGCUACGCUGUCAUCUUCAUGCACCGCACAAAAUCUCUGGAGCCCUUUUCGCGUCACUUUACCGGCCAACAAUUGCUCGACAUGCUGGAAUUACAUGAGGAGGGUAUGAGUACCACCAUCACCGUUAAACCUGACUCCGUGGAUGUUCUGGCACCGGUGCUCGACAAGUAUAAGAAUGCGCAGGAAACGCAUCGCAUGCUGUACAUAACCUUCACCAGUGUUGUCGAUUAUAUGUGGUUAUUGCGAGCUGCCUGUGAGUCGCUGGCACCGUUUGACCGGAACGCGGUCCUGUUUCUGGCAGCAGCCGUAUCAGACUUUUAUGUCCCGCAGGACGAAAUGCCAACGCACAAGAUCCAGUCGGGGCAUGGAGCUCCGACGAUAUCGCUACAGCUUGUGCCGAAGAUGCUGGCACCGCUUGUAAGCCUCUGGGUACCGCACGCGUACGUUGUGUCGUUUAAGCUCGAAACCGACGAGGCCCUGCUGAUCGCCAAGUCGCGAGAAAGUCUUAAUAAGUACAAACACAAACUCGUCAUUGCGAACAUACUGCAAACACGCAAAAACCGGGUUGUGUUUGUUACACCGAACAGUAACUACGAGAUUGUACUUACCAAAGAUCAGGCCCUGACUGGGUUGGAAAUCGAGGAACCGAUCGUUGCGGAUGUUGUACGACGACAUCAGGACUAUGCGCGCGAAGCCGAGCAACAAACGCAAUGACCCACGCGUUCGGGCAGACCGCCAUCUGGCAGUGCGAUGCAAGUCGACUGCCGUGUCACGCUGCCGCACUUCUGUAAAGUUCUAAAUCCAGGCAGAAAGUUUUAAGUAAAGUGAUUGUACGUCCAAAAUUGACUAAGAAAAUUAAAGAUCAGUUGCGAAAUCACAGUAUCAUUCGAACUACGAAAGUACGAGCAAAACUGUCGUUAAAGAUAUCGGAACGGAGACCGGGACGGGUAAACGUGAUUUGCAUUUCAUCUUUAGUUCUGUUAUUGAACCAUUGUUUGCUUCCUUGUAGUGUCAAACAGAAGGAAAGAAAUAGAUUGUAAAAUGAGCUGUUAACUGGUUACACGAAUGGUGCUUGUAAUAGAAAGAUCGGGUAUAUGGAAAGCGAAACGCUUGGAAGGCAAAACACUUGAGCCUAUUAGUUAGAAACGUGUAAACAUGUAUCACCCAUCGAAAACAUUCCACCAAAAUGAGCUGGCUGGCACAGUUAUAUAUUAGUGCUGAUGAUACCCCUGUUGUCUGCGUUCAAUGUUCCGCGUAACUGUAGUUACUCAUUUCUACAUUACUUUAGUUGCAGUUAGUAGUUUAGUUCAACUGCUACCGCACGGCAUAUGUUUUGAAGAUGAUGUAAAAUCAUAACUCAUCGAUCGAUCGCUAACCGAUCGAUGAAAGAAGUGUUUCUUUGCUAUUGUUUAACUACUUCAAUUUUUAGACACUAAAAAAAGAAAAGAACGAUGUUAAACAAGGUGCGCGGAAUGAGGAAAACACCACAAAACGCUAGUGUCCUUCUUACAUGAACGAAAUGAAUGCUGGGCACCAAUUUUUAAAUGCAAAACACAAACAUUGUUUAUCAACGGUAAUACUGGUAGCAUGCACUGUAUCAGUCCCUACGACUAGAUUCCUUUGCCAAGAGUUCCUAACCAACAAUGGUGUGGUUUUUUUUUGUUUUUUUUUAUAGUAUCGUUCAAAAAUGAACAAUUUGAAAUUGUAUUCGUAAAUUCCGUCGUCAUCCCACCAAAUAUACGAAGUGCACGAUUGUUACUUAAAUAAGUCUUAAACAAGACUGAAAUGGCGCUUAAUGAUAGACUCCUUCUUGAUAUCACACCUUGAUUCAUACACGGUGUUCAUUCUUUUCCCUUCAAUAAUGCGUAGUGUUUCCUGGUUAUGCUGUUCUCCAUUGUCUACCGUUUGCAGUCAAGCUUGAUUAGCUUGAUCGCUCCGUCACUGUCUACCCGGAUAGUCCUUGCACUGAAAGUUAACACUUCUAGGAUGUAUCAACAUACGUCGAUAAAUGUGCAAGCUGUUGCGAGCUUUUUGACAUUCGUAGGAAACUUAAUGUGUCUCCUUAUGAGUUAUUGAGCUUAGUACUCAAGACUAGAUGAAAACCUAAAACGGUUAACACCGAUGUCCGUGCCCUGUUUCCAA